CAGUUGUAUUGGAUAGAGAUUGUCGGUAUUCAAAAUCAAAUAUUUUGUAUUCUAGUUUCCCUUCAAAACGCAUAACUCUCGCAAGUAUUUUGUUUUGAUCGAGUAAUGAAGAAGUAUUUCAGAUUUCUUUGAUAAAUUUACUUCGAAUUAAGACUUAAAUGAUGGAGAAUUCAUUUUUUGAGUACCGUGAUAAGACUGGCGUCGAUAGUGGGUCUGAUUCCGAAGUAAUAGACGACAGUUUAGUAGCAGAUAAUUCACUUUCUGCCAAAAAGAAAGACCACACAGUAUUUGUUCCUGAAUCGGAUGAAUCUCUUACAGACGAUGAAUCUCAAAGUGAUGAAGACAUCAAAAGAAAAUCAUCCAAAGUUAAAAGACAAAGCAAUGUGUCAUUUGCAAGAUCUAGAACAAGUGGUGAGAGUACAGCAAGUAGUAGCCGACAAUCAAGGUCUCAUAAUGAGAUAGUAUUGAGCUCAGAUGAAGAGGAACAAGACUCGCCAGAAUUGAUACCAAGACGUCCACCAAGCACCAAGAAAACAAUAUUAAACACGCCAAUACUUCAUAAAAAUAAGAAACGGAUGCUUUUUGACUCUGACUUGGAUAACUCUAUAGUCAUAGAACACAACAAAAACAAGAAGAUGUCUUGUUUGAAAAAUACUCCAUUAAAAAAUGACACUAGCAACCAACCUGUUUCCGAUAAUUAUGAUAUGUUAAGUAAUGAUGAUGAUUUAAUGUCAAAUGAUAAUGAUGAUGGUAAUACUGAUGGUAUUACAGAUGAUAAAGAUGGUGACAGUAGUGAUGAUCAACCAAUAUCAAAUUUGAAAAAAGAUAAGGAUUUAAAUAAUUACAAUACCAAAGAACUUGAUGAUUCUGACAACCAUGAAGUAUCUGUUACUUCAAAAGCUGACGAUGAUAUGAAAUACUCUACUGACAGUGAUGCUGAUAGUAAUGUAAGUAAAGACGAUCACGAUGAUGAUAGUAAUGUUAGCAAAGCCGAUCACGAUGAUGAUAAUCACAAUGAUAAUCGUGAUAAAAAUGAUGAUCAUUAUGAUAGUAAUGACGUUGAUAGUGAUGGUGAUGAAGUACCAUCUGAUGAUGAAUAUGCAAGUAACAGAAAAGCAAUCAUUGAUAGUGACGAUGAAGUUCGAGGAAAAUCGGCUAAGAAACCGAAAGGUCGCAAAGUGAUCCACAGUGAUGAUAGUGAUGGUAUUGAUGAAGACCAGAUGGUAAUGUCGCGAGCAACGCGCAUGAGCAUCAUGGGCUAUAUACCUAAGGGUAAUGACAGUGACGAAUCGGAUUUCAUACAAUCUGACGAAAGUCAUCGGAAAUCGAGAAACAGUGGAUCAACGAACAGCUUGUCAGAAUUACCUGACAUCGAUGUUGGUAAUAAAUCGCCGAUAAGACCCGUGGAACCUAGCGACACUUCCAGACUGACCUGUUCGCCAUUCACCAGCCCCCGGAAAGAUAUUACCAAUGAGAUAGUGGAUUCUACUGAAACCUCACCGAAAGAACCAAGCAAGCCCAGUGGGAUUGACACUUUGAAGAAUAUCUUACACAAACGGAUUGAUAAAGUGAUGGUCGGUGUGGAUAAUGAUGAUGAUGUCACAAUCAUCGACACGGUGCCUGAAAUCAUCGCGUUGAGCAGUGAUGACGAUGAGGUAAGCAUAGUACAAAAGUCGCCGAGGGUGAAGAAAUCUCCAAAACCGAAACAGGAAGACGUAUCGCCGAAAAAGAAGGACAACACCAUCAGGUCGUACCUGGUGCCGCCCAGCUACCCGAACCAGGGCGUUGUGUACGUGUCCAAACAUGUCAGGGAGAACGAAUUGCGCAAACUCAAUAGCUUGAAGGAGGACCUGCAUAAUGUCAAAAACCUCCUGGAACAAAUUGAUAUCAAUACGCUCCCCGAUGGCGGUGUGAAGUACAUAGAGCGUCUCACGGGACUCGAGGCGGAGGUUCGACGCCAGGGAGACAAGGUCGCCAAUAUGGUCGUAGAGCCAGAGAACCCAACUGUCGACGAUGUUAAGAACGAUGGCUUCGAAAAGGGUCUCACUUGGGACGAAAUACAGAAAGCCAGUAAUGCGGUGCAACCCAGGAUGUUCGGCAAACAAGCGAUGUCGACUCACAUGGCCGAGCGGAACCUGAUCCUGGAGCGGCUGCGCGACCUGCACGAGUCCCUGGCGUCGCGGCCGCCGGAGUCGGAGCUGGCGGCGGCACCGGCGGGCGUGGCCACGCGCCUCAUGCCGCAUCAGCUGCACGCGCUGGCCUGGCUGCGCUGGCGGGAGACGCAGCGCCCCGCCGGCGGCAUACUCGCGGACGACAUGGGUCUCGGCAAAACGAUAACAAUGAUAUCGCUGAUAGUGAGCGACAAGGAGAAGAACAUAGAUGAUGAUGACUCCGACGACGAGCGACCUGGGAAAGGGGGCAAGUUGCAUUCCGGAGGCACGCUGGUCGUCUGCCCAGCAUCCCUGAUGCAGCAGUGGGCCGGGGAAGUGACCCGGCACUGCGCCCCGCAUGCCUUGCGCGUGUUGUUGCACCACGGACCUUCGAGACCCACGCAGCCGCAGCGACUCGCCGGGUACGACCUCGUCGUCACCACGUAUAACAUACUGCAGAGGGAGGAUGAGAAGACGGGUGUGCUGAUGCGCCUGCGCUGGCGGCGCGUGAUCCUGGACGAGGCGCACAUCGUGCGCAACCACAAGGCGGUGACGUCGCUGGCGGUGUCGGCGCUGCGCGCGCGGCGGCGCUGGUGCCUGACGGGCACGCCCGUGCAGAACAAGGACCUCGACCUCUUCGCGCUCAUCAAGUUCCUCAGGUGCACGCCCUUCGACGACCUUACGAUGUGGAAGAAAUGGAUCGAUAACAAGAGCUUGGGCGGGCAGGAGCGGCUGAGCACGGUGAUGCGGUGCCUGCUCCUGCGCAGGACCAAACAGCAGCUGCAGCAGCGAGGACAGUUGUCGUGUCUGCCUGAACGUGACACCCACCAGCGACACGUCACGCUCACCAAGCAGGAGAUGAACGUCUACCAAAAGGUGUUAGUGUUCUCCAAGACGCUGUUCGCUCAGUUUCUCCACCAGCGCGCGGAGAAGAACUCGGACGCACUCGGCGCCAUGCAGCCCAACAAGGAGAGCGACUACAACAAGAUGCAUAAGAAAAUGAUCGCUUUGCAAGGUGCCAAACCAGUAAAAUCCCACGAGAUCCUGGUGCUCCUGUUACGUCUGCGGCAAGUGUGCUGCCACUGUGGACUCAUAGCGGCCAUGCUCGACGAGGAGGGCGCCGGCGAGGUGGAGGAGGACCCUGCAGGGAAGGACCUCCUCGCCGAACUGAACAAGCUAUCACUCGAGGACUCCGCCAAGAAGAGAAGGAGUGGUCAAAAUCACGAGCCUGAGGAAGAGGAGGGACCUGAGGAGGGCACCACGGCAGCCGAGGCGAUCAGAUCCGUGCUGUCGCCAAACAACCCGGUGUUCGAGCUGGACAAGCCCUCGUCCAAGAUACAGGCUGUCAUGCAGUGCCUUAAUGAGAACGUGUUUGUUAACAAAGGACACAAGGCGGUGGUGGUGUCGCAGUGGACGUCGGUGCUGCGGCUGGUGGAGCGCGAGCUGGUGCGCGUGCGCGUGCGGUGCGUGACGCUGAGCGGCGCCGUGCCCGUGCCCGCGCGCCCGCCGCUCAUCAACGCCAUCAACGAUCCCAACUCCGAUGUUAGGGUGAUGCUACUAUCCUUAUGCGCGGGCGGUGUCGGUUUGAAUCUGUGCGGGGCAAACCACCUGUUGUUACUGGACCCCCAUUGGAACCCACAGCUGGAGGAGCAGGCGCAGGACCGCAUCUACCGCGUGGGACAAACCAAGCACGUGCACAUAUACAGGUUCAUGUGCGUGGACACAGUAGAGCAGGCCAUCCGCAAGCUGCAGCAGGCCAAGCUGGACCUGGCAGACAACAUCCUCACCGGCGCGCGGCACACCAACGCCUCCAAACUCACCAUCGAGGACCUCAAGAUGCUGUUCAAUAUGGGACCUCAGUAGAUAUUCUCUAGACAUUUCGGACCGGCCGCCUUGUUAGAUUGGUGAGGACAAUGGCUGCGAACUUAUGCGAGGCUCUCGAUAGGUCUUUUUGCUAAAGGAGCGUAAUUUUUUUUGGUUCCUUGCAAGCGCUUGGGCGGUUCCUCAGUUCUCCACACCUCUUGUCAAUCGACACUAGACACUACUCCGCUUACCAUCAGGUGUAAUAGUGGCACUAAGACAUGGUUAAAACAAAUACCCUAACUCUCAUUUAGACAGCUCUAUUAUGGCUAGGAAUAAUAUUACGCAAUUAUUGCAUUAAAAAAUUGCCCCGUCUGAAUGAGCAAUGGCGGAGCAAUUCUUGCCCUUGUUGAUUACAUGA